GGUAAGUCAGUCAGGGGGUGUGUCUCUCUGUCCCAUACGGGUAUCUGGCUCGGAGAGAGAGACCGAGCAGAGGCGGGAAAUGGCGCCUGGCAGCACAGCAGUGUGUCACUUCGAAGGCGCUCCUUGAACAGCGAAAAAUAAAUACCAACAGGAGGCGAAGGAAAGAAAAGAACAAGCGGUGCCCGCUGUUGUGAUGCUAAAUCUGCGUUGAGUCGUUAUUGUCACGUCCGGCGGGUCACACCACACCUUACAUGUGACUGCCAAAACAAUGAGGCUGAGAAUGCGAAAGGCGUCUCAGCACCAGAACCCCGCUCUGACAAGCCGCACGUCCCGAACCAAGAGGAGACAUUCAGAGGUGGAAGAAGAGCGUCCGAGCAGCGGAGGAAGGGGGAUACUGUCCACCAUCAAGAAGUUCAUCCGAGGAAAUGCUGUCAAGUUGCAACAGGAAAGCCCAGCUAAGAAGACACGCCUCCACUGCGAUGUGGACAACAACCUCAUAACCUCCACUCCCACAGACACCAACUCCCCCCGGAGGACAGCCAGCAGAGUAGGCAAGAAAGGCUCCAUCAAUGGCCAGGCAACCAAUCAUGACAGGAAUAAGGAGAAGCCCAACGGCAGCCUGGAGGACACGGCUGCCGUUGAGAUGACCGCCAGCCCUGCCAGGACUACCCUCCUCGGGACGAUCUUUAGUCCGGUUUUUAACUUCUUCUCACCAGCUAAAACAUCCUCGGGCUCAGACUCCCCGGACCAGGCCCUGGAGGCCGAGGAGAUAGUCAAGCAGCUGGACAUGGAGCAGGUGGUGGAGACGCCCACCAGCACGGCUACGUCCACACAGGACCUGUGCCCCGUCAAUAACUUCUACUCCAGCGUGUCCCACCUGCCGCCUCUACGGCCUCCCCACAUCCUCGAGCCGUCUCCCACGGCGGAGGAGGAAGAGCUCGACGCUGAUGUCGACCUCCCCCCUUUGACAGCUCCAGGUUCUAAUCUGAAUGUGACGUAUGUGGAUGUUCCUCCUGCGACGGUGCCACAAGAGGCCACCUAUGAGGAAGAUUGGGAAGUGUUUGACCCGUAUUUCUUCAUCAAGCACGUCCCUCCGCUGACCGAAGAGCAGCUGACCCGUAAGCCAGCCUUGCCGCUGAAGACGCGCAGCACGCCCGAAUUCUCCCUGGUCCUCGACCUGGAUGAAACGUUGGUUCACUGCAGCUUAAACGAACUAGAGGAUGCAGCACUUACCUUCCCCGUCCUCUUCCAGGAUGUCAUUUACCAGGUGUAUGUGCGCCUGAGGCCGUUUUUCAGAGAGUUUCUGGAGCGCAUGUCUCAGAUAUACGAGAUCAUCCUUUUUACAGCCUCCAAAAAGGUGUAUGCAGACAAACUGCUCAACAUUUUGGAUCCUAAAAAGCAGCUUGUGAGACACCGGUUAUUUCGUGAGCAUUGUGUCUGCGUCCAGGGAAACUAUAUUAAGGACCUCAACAUCUUAGGCAGAGAUCUGUCAAAGACCAUCAUCAUCGACAACUCGCCGCAAGCUUUUGCCUAUCAGUUGUCUAACGGGAUCCCAAUAGAGAGCUGGUUCAUGGAUAAGAAUGACAAUGAGCUGCUAAAGCUGGUCCCCUUCCUGGAGAAGCUGGUGGAGAUGAACGAAGACGUGCGACCUCACGUUCGGGAGCGAUUCCGCCUUCACGACCUGUUGCCUCCCGACUGAAAACAGCCGCGAUGCGUCGCAACGAAGCCGCAGGAUAAGACUGAAACCAACACGUGUGUAAAAAGCCUCUCUUUGGAAUACAAACGACAACAUUCCCAUUAAACUUUAGCUUUUUUUUUUGUUUUUUUGGGGGGCUUAGGAGAAAGGAGGAAAAAAAAAACUUCUAAAGAUUUUUUUUUUUUUUUCAAACUUGGGUGUAAUUUUCUUUUAAACAAAAAAAAAAAAACAUAGAGGGAAAUUGCACACAUUAUAAACAUGCCCAUGUAAGACUCCUUCUUUUUAUGUGACUCUUCAGCUGUGGAGCCAGAAAUGAGCUCCACCCUAAACUCUGAAGUCUCGGUGCUGGUUUAGUGGAUAUGAACAGGUAAAGAGGAACUCCUCCCCGAGUCCCUGAACGCCACAUCUGCCCUUCCUGGUGCUCACGCUGACGAAAAUGACACUCUCUGGCUGCAGACCAUAUUCUUUUCUUUCUUUCCUUGUUUUUCAGCAGGAAUGACGGGUCGGUGAAUCAAUCUGUGUAUGUGUCUACGGCCACACACUCACUGAUCUGAUGAGUGGGCAAAUUUCCGAUCUGUAGCUUUAAAAAAAAAAAAAAAAAAACAGAAAAAAAAAGCAUUCCUCUGUAGCUCUGUCAAGUUUCUAUUGUAGGUUGCUGGUUUUUCCCGGUAAAACUGGUCGUUCAUAGUUUUGGGUUUCUCCGAUUUUUUUCUGUUUUAAAAGAUAGUAUUUCCAAGAUGUUUUACUUUUAUUUGUAAGAUGCAUUUUUAAAGGGGUCAUGUGAGUUUUGGUGGAAGCAUUUUAAACAAACAAAAAAAAA